AGCAGAGGAAGCAGGGUCUCACAGUGUGACCCUGGCUGGUCUGGAAUGCACAGUUGUAAAUCAAGCUGGCCUUGAAUUCACAGAGAUCCACCUGCUUCUGCUUCUUGAGUACUGAUAUUAAAGGUGUACGCCACCACACCUGGCUGAAGGCUGGUGUGAUUUUUGGUUUGCUUCCUGUGUUCUGAUUUGUUUUUUGUGAAGAGCUUGAGAAUCCUUACUCUGUCACUCUGUCUUUGAAUGCAGUACCUAGCAGAUGAGAAGGAAGAGGGGAUUCUGGGAAGCAUCCUGCUGCCUAGUUUUCAGAUAGCCAUGCUUACCUCUGAGGACCACAUCAAUCGCAAGUACGCUUUUAAGGCAGCCCAUCCAAACAUGCGGACCUAUUAUUUCUGCACCGAUACAGGAAAGGAAAUGGAGCUGUGGAUGAAGGCCAUGUUAGAUGCUGCCCUGGUGCAGACAGAGCCUGUGAAAAGAAUGGACAAGAUUGCAACGGAAGGAGCAUCAACUAAAGAAACCAAUAACAUUCCCAACCACAGAGUCCUCAUUAAGCCAGAGGUCCAGAACAAUCAGAAAAAUAAGGAAAUAAGCAAAAUGGAGGAAAAAAGGGCCUUAGAAGCUGAAAAAUAUGGAUUUCAGAAGGAUGGCCAAGAGAGACCUCUAACAAAAAUUAACAGUGUAAAGUUGAACUCUCUGCCAUCAGAAUAUGAAACUGGGCUAGCCUGCCCACCGCAGAAUGUGCACUACAGACCCAUCAAUGUGAAUAGUUCAGAUGGCAAAAUAGUGAAUGUCAGCUUGGCAGAUGUCCAGGGUGGGAGUCACCCAAAUGCAGGGACCCUGGCCACAGAGGCUGAUCGAGUCAUUCAGAGAACGAAUUCAAUGCAGCAGCUGGAACAGUGGAUUAAAAUCCAGAAAGGACGGGGUCUUGAAGAAGAGCCCAGAGGAGUAAUUUCUUACCAAACAUUGCCAAGAAAUAUGCCAAGCCACCGAGCCCAGAUUGUGGCCCGCUACCCUGAAGGUUACCGAACACUCCCAAGAAACAGCAAGACCAGACCUGAGAGUAUCUGCAGUGUGACCCCUUCUGGCCAUGAGAAGUCUGGGCCUGGAACAGAAGAGAAGCGGCGCUCCAUGAGGGACGACACCAUGUGGCAGCUGUAUGAGUGGCAGCAGCGUCAGUUUUACCAUAAGCAGAGCACCCUUCCUCGACACAGCUGCCUGAGCAGCCCGAAGGCCAUGGUCAAGGUUUCUGACCAGACAAUGCACUCCAUCCCCACGUCACCUUCCCAUGGGUCCAUAGCGGCUUACCCGGGAUUCUCCCCACAACGAACAUACAGGUCAGAAGUGACCUCACCCAUCCAGAGAGGAGAUGUCACGGUAGACCGCAGGCACCGGGCUCAUCACCCAAAGCAUGCCUAUGUACCUGACAGAAGGUCAAUGCCAGCUGGCUUAGCUUUACCGGCUGUUAGUCCUCAGAGCCUCCAAGGCAGAACGAAUGAAAUUCUUUCACAUCAUCUUCAAAGGAACACCAUAUAUUUGGAUCAUCAGCUGUCACAAGAUGAAUGUAGAGGCACAUUAUACAAAUACAGACCUGAAGAGGUAGAUAUUGAUGCCAAAUUGAGCAGAUUGUGUGAACAGGACAAAGUGGUCCGUGCUCUGGAGGAGAAGUUGCAGCAGCUGCACAAAGAGAAAUACACGCUCGAGCAAGCCUUGCUGUCAGCCAGCCAGGAAAUAGAGAUGAAUGCAGAUAACCCAGCCGCCAUCCAAACGGUGGUGCUGCAGAGGGACGACCUGCAAAACGGACUGCUGAGCACGUGUCGAGAGCUCUCCCGAGCCACUGCUGAGCUGGAACGAGCCUGGAGAGAAUAUGACAAGUUAGAAUAUGAUGUCACUGUCACCAGGAACCAGAUGCAGGAGCAGCUUGAUCGCCUUGGGGAAGUGCAGAGUGAAUCGGCAGGAAUUCAGCGGGCACAGAUUCAGAAAGAACUUUGGAGAAUUCAAGAUGUCAUGGAGGGGUUGAGCAAACACAAACAGCAAAGAGGUUCCUCAGAAACAGGUCUGGCAGGAUCAAAGCCUUUCUCAGCAGUUAAGUACAAAAGCGAGGAAGAGGAAGUAGUCCCACCUCGGCCUCCACUUCCUCGGUCUUAUGACUUUACAGAGCAGCCUCCCAUAAUCCCCCCUCUGCCCAGUGAUAGCAGCUCCUUGCUCUGUUAUAGCAGGGGCCCCGUGCAUCUGCCUGAAGAGAGGAAGACUCAUCAAGUUCAAGGAUAUCCAAGAAAUGGAUCUCACUGUGGUCCAGACUAUAGACUCUACAAGAGUGAGCCAGAGUUGACCACAGUGGCAGAAGUUGAUGAGUCUAAUGGAGAGGAAAAGUCAGAACCAGUUUCCGAGAUGGAAGCUCCAGUUGUUAAAGGUCCCCACUUUGCGGUUGGAGUUCCUCUGAGAACGAAGUCACCCACGCCGGAGUCCUCCACAAUAGCCUCCUAUGUGACCUUGAGGAAGACUAAGAAGGUGGAGCUAAGAACGGAAAGACCAAGAAGCGCAGUGGAACAGCUCUGUCUGGCUGAAAGUACUCGACCUAGGAUGACUGUGGAAGAGCAAAUGGAGAGAAUAAGGAGACACCAACAGGCCUGCCUAAGGGAGAAGAAGAAGGGACUCAAUGUUAUCAGUGCUGCUGACCAGUCACCCUUACAAAGUCCUUCCAGUGUGAGAGAGAGUCCUUUCAGGGUCACUCAGACUCUACGGAGGGAUGAUAACAUUAAGGAGCUAGACACUGUCCGCAGAGAAAAUGAUGUAAGGCCAGACCAUGAAACUCCAGCAGCAGAAACUGUUCUAUUAGAAGAAGCUGAACCCCAGAAUGUGGAUCUCGGCAGAAAGCUUAAAAGAACUGAAAGUAUUUUUUAUGAAAUGCUUUUCACACCUGAGCCAAAUGGGAUGAAUUCUGAGGAAGUGAUGGAUAGAGAAAAGCAUAAAGGUCAGGCACUGGAAGAUGUUCCAUGCAGCCCCCAAGAAGAGGCAGAGGCGACAAACCAUCGGGCAGAAAGCCGCCCUGAAGAAGUGCAGAGUCUUCAUGAAGAGGAGGAAACUUGCGCUUCUUCUGAGUCACCUCCUGAGGUUCCCAGAGAGAAUCAGACCCCAGUGAAAAGUCUGUCCCCGUCUCCUGAGUCCUCCGCAUCACCAGAUCCGCCUACUCCGCCAAAGCUCACAGAAGGAUCACAUUUCAUGUGUGUGUAGUCUCAGAACUGCACUGACGUCUCUUGAGAGCACACAGAGCUGAAGCUGUGGACCUCAGCCGUGUAAGAAGAUGUUGUACAGUAUACCUUAAAUCUAUGAAAUUCAUAGUUCUGAUGCUUCUGACCCAGAGCAUCGUUUUAUCACCUUUGGAAAAUGUUUAUUCCAAAAUAGCUUUAAUGGCCCAUAUGUGCACUCCCUAGUCUCAAGGUCACCAUCCUCCACCGGCUUGCUGCUAUGAGUUCAGAACACACCGGUCAAGGUGCUUUCUCCCGCGCUCCAUCCAGAGCUUGCUUAGUUGCAGUCCCCAGAUUUGGAUGCUUAUGUCUAGGUGAAUUUAUGUUCCUUUGGCUUUUCGGCAAAGCUGUACUUUCCUGUGAAGCUUGUUUUCUUCCUUCUUUUCCUCCCAUUUUGGCUACUGCAGUGCUUUGUUUGACACUUGAUUUGUAAAAAUUUUAUAUAAUAUAUUUAAAAUGUGCCAUUUUAUUACCGCUAAGUAAAGUCUGUCCUGUUUUCUGCUAUAAUGCUUCCUCGGUCAGAUUGCAACGUCAGCAGUUACUGCCAUACUCUGUCAGCUUCAACACAAAUGCUAUCGCGUAGCUUUUCUUUAAAAAGCAAAACAAUUACAAGUGUAGGUAUUCUGAAGUACUGGACAUUUACGUCAUUGGACUAGAUGUGUACAGCAAUAAGCAGGCUUUUAGAUCCAGUACUCAGUCUGUGUACAGAUGUAAUUAUGUUCAUUGUGUAGAUGUCACACAGUGAGCACAUGUAAUAAAGGCUGCUUACUAGAGAUUAAUGCAAAUGUUCAUAUCUCAUUUCUUUUUUAUCAUGUUAAAUAAAUGUUGAUGUUCUUAAA